AAGUAUGGACCCCUUCAACUAAUCCUAUUAACUCUUCUGGAAAAACCGCGUCUUUGGACUUUCAUUUUUACACUGAAAAAGGUUGAGAAGAACUUUGAAAGGAUUUACAUUGGCCACUGUUAUAUAUGCAUUCCAACCAAGAAAUCUCAAUGCCAAUUGCAUUAUAACAAACAGUUGAUGAGCUAUCUAAGGCAUUUGAAUCUGAAUCAAUCAAUUAUGGGAAACGGUGUUUGCAGUUUGCUGCUUAUGGCCUUCUGUAUGAUGGCUGAGCUAGCAUAUUCCAUCAAUCAGGAACGACAGGCUUUGCUCCAUAGCGGUUGGUGGAAUGAUAACCGUAAUAUCUCAAACCAUUGUGAUUGGGACGGCAUCUCUUGCAAUGAAGGUGGAAAUGUUAUUAUUAUUGGUGGUUCGUCGAUGAGGAUUCCUUCAUCAAAAGAAUUGCUUUCGAUUGAGAAGUUGAACGUCACUGCCUUCCCCAGUUUAGAGUAUCGGAAUCUAGAUGGAAUGGGUCUUAGAGGAAGCAUCCCCACAGAAAUAAGCACACUUACAAACCUUACCUAUUUCAUCUUGUCCCACAAUCAUCUGCAUGGUAAGUUGUUGCAAUUCUUUUCCUUUCAUUCUUACAAAUUCUUUCAAUGGCUUUCUCUUUCUUGACACAAUUACAGAUGUUAUAUCUUUCUGAGAAUUCUCUUAGAGGUUUAAUCCCAUCUACACUGGGUAAUUUGAAGAAUUUGCGUGCUCUCCUUCUUCAUUCAAACAAACUUGAAGGUACAAUACCACCGCAACUUGGUAACUUGACACAAUUGGGGAACUUAUUUCUCUGUGAGAAUUCUCUAACAGGUUCAAUACCUCAGCAACUUGGUAACUUGACACAAUUGGAGGUCUUAUUUCUAUGUAAGAAUUCUCUAGCAGGUUUAAUCCCAUCUACAUUGGGUCAAUUGAUGAAUUUACAAUAUCUCUAUCUUGAAUCAAACAAACUUGAAGGUAGGAUUCCCACAGAAUUAGGGAAUUUGACAAAAUUACGGAUAUUACUUCUGUCAGGUAAUUCACUCACAGGUUCAAUUCCUCCUGCUUUUGGUCAAUUAAAGAAGUUGACGGAGUUAUUCCUUCAAUCAACCUAAAUUACUGGUCAUAUACCAGUAGAAUUUGGAAAUUUAAAAGGUUUACAAAGAUUACAUCUCUCAAAUAAUUCCCUCAACGGUUCAAUCCCUCCUACUUUAGGUCGGUUGGAGAAUUUGGUACACCUCUACCUUGAUUCUAAUCAA